UUGUUUAACUCCUGUGUGGUUGUACAUUUAUUUGUUCACAGAAGUUCGUGUAAACGUCUGGUUUAUAGUAACUAUAAUAUGAAAUGUCAUUGUGAUGUCGGUUCAUCAUGUUCGAAAAUAUGACUGUUUUGGCCAACGUUGCUUAACCGAUGACUGUGUCCUACUAGCUGUUUGCUAGCUGGCACAGCGUUCUGUGUAGUAGUGGUGGUGGAACUUGUCCUUCUUGCCAACCUCGAGUGCUUUAUGUUGUCCUUGUGUGUGAAUGUGUUGCUAGAUUGCAAAUAUAGUGGUGUACAGAUAAUGUGCUUAGUGUCAUUUCCCAACACUCUCUUUCUUCUAUUUGCAAUUCGGCUAGCUAGCAUAGGAGAGUAACGUUAACUCAACCGUCUCCUUAGCAAAUAAAUACACCUUGGAUACAGAUGCUAGCGAAAUGGUGCAUUUUGACUGGCCAAUAAUCUAGGCAACUUGAACCAGCUAGCGAGCUAACGUUAUCUUAUUAACUUACUACCCAGAACAUCGAUCUAUGCUACAGGUGAAGCUCGCUGUAGUCAAGUCAAUGUCAGACUUUGGUGCUAAGGUUAAUGUAAUGGUUUGUGGGUGUCAGUGGCGUUAGCUAGCUUCUUCGUUAAUGCUACAUCUGGGAACUCAUAAACUUGAUGUUAGAGGCUAAGCUUGAGCUGUCACUGUUAUGAUCAACGUUAGUAGCGACAGUGCUAGCUGUUUUAGUUAGACAGCCUUGUUUCCGUUGGAAAAUAUAUUCUGUCAAUAUUAUUUGCAAUUUGGCUAAUCCACGACAAGCUAAUUUAUAAUUGAUGAUGCUGCAUAAAUAUUGCAGUAGUAUGUCAGUGCCUGUGUAUACAAUGUUGAAACAGUUUAAAUGCACCAUUUUAGUAACCCCAACGUGAUAGAACGGGUUUAAGUUGUGUAAGUGUCAAUGUCAUGUAUGUUGACCUUGAAUCAGUUGAUUUUCCACAUGCGCCCACACAUUCUACACCUGCAUUCAGGCAUGAGAACUGGAUAUAUUUGUACCGUAGGUUAUACCGAGUCGUACAAGGAAAAAUACAAAAAAGUAAUUAGUGUAAUGGGCAACAGGCCUUUUCUGGAGCAAGGACUAAUGUGCACUGUACUUGUCCUGAGUAAGUUUAUUUUAGCCUUUGAAUUAAUCUGAUUUUGUUCCUUUUUAGUAACUGUCCACAGAUUGAAAAUGUCUCACAAUGAUGAGGGAUAUGUGGUGCGGAUUAGGGGUUUACCAUGGUCAUGCACCCAAGAAGAAGUAGCCUCCUUUUUCUCUGGUGAGGACUCUUUUUGUGAUUGUGACAUUGUGGGGAAAGUGAAUGGGGUAUGUUUCACAUACUCCAAAGAGGGGAGGCCUAGUGGAGAGGCCUUUGUAGAGCUGAAAACAGCAGAGGAUUUUAAGAAUGCGUUGGCCAAGGAUCGCAAAUACAUGGGUCAUCGGUAUAUUGAAGUAUUUAAGUCCAACCGCAGCGAGAUGGACUGGGUUCUGAAGCGCUGCGGCCCCACAGACUAUGACAGCAGCAGCGGCUGCACGCUGCGCCUCAGAGGCCUCCCCUUCGGCUGCAGCAAGGAGGAGAUUGUGCAGUUCUUCGCAGGGUUGAAAAUCGUUCCAAAUGGGAUAACAUUGCCGAUGGACUACCAGGGGAGGAGCACAGGGGAAGCCUUCGUGCAGUUUGCCUCAAAGGAGAUAGCAGAAAAGGCACUGGGGAAACACAAGGAAAGAAUAGGGCACAGGUACAUCGAGAUAUUCAAGAGCAGCCGCAAUGAGAUCCGGGCAUACUAUGAGGUGCCCCGGAGGAUGAUGGGACAGCGGCCAAGCCCGUACGAUCGCCCCAUAAUGGGUCGCGGUGGGUUCUUUGGUCCGGGUCCAGGGAGAGGUGGAGCAGUUCUGGACCAGAUGCGCAGUGGGGGUAGCUACAGCGGUGGUUAUGGAGGCUUUGACAACUAUAAUGGCUUCAACAACUACUGCUUUGGCAAUGGCAUGUUUGAGGAGCGAGGAAGGGGAGAUCGAAACCGAGCCAGUAGCAGCAACCAUGGCUACGGUGGAGGGGGCGACACUGGUUCGAGUUUCCACAGCGGACACUUUGUGCACAUGAGGGGCCUUCCAUUCCGAGCCACAGAGGCCGACAUUGCCAAUUUCUUUGCGCCCCUUCACCCAGUGCGGGUGCGCAUAGACGUGGGCCCCAACGGCAAGUCUACAGGGGAAGCCGAUGUGGAGUUUGCGUCGCAUGAGGAUGCGGUGUCAGCAAUGUCCAAGGACAAGAAUCACAUGCAGCACCGUUACAUUGAGCUGUUUUUAAACUCAACUUCAAGUGGAGGAUCCGACAUGGGGCGUGGUGGUGCGUUCUACAACAACUCUGGAGGCAUGGGCUCACGGGGAAGUGGGCUGAGGGGAAUGUUCUAGAGUAGACUCUGUUUGGAGUUCCACCAUUUUCAACCAAAAGUUGGAAGAGUUGUUUUGUAUUUGGAUGUUUUUCUCAUGUUCAUAAAAAUGUACUUAGGAUAUUUUCCAGUCUCAAAGAGUGGAAUUAAAAAAAAGCUAUGUCUAUACAAAUAUAUAAAUAUAUAUAUACAUAUAUAUAUAUUUGGGCUCAUUACAUAGGUUAACCCGCUAUUGUAAAUUUUACUCAUUAAAAUUUUAUAUAAACUUUUGUUGCUGUUCAUGGUUUAUUGUUUGUGGGAUUUUUUUAAAUGACAGUUGGAUUGCAAGCUAGGUCUCUCAGUUUACUAAUUCAUGAUCAGAUAUCCCUUUACUGUAGUUCCAUGUUGAUAUGCAUUUUUUUUAUACUGGAUAUAUGUCUGAAUAUUUCAAGACUUGACCCAGAGACACAAUAAAGACGAUAUUGCUAUAUUUUGCAACAUACCUUUAA